AUGGGAAAAGAACAUCGUCAACAACAUCGAUCUUCUGUUUUUAAACUUCUUCGACGACGUCGAAACCAAUCAACGGUAUCAUCAUCGUUACGAAUAAUUGAUCAAAAAAAUAAAAAUCGUGAUUCAUUCAUGAGUCAAACAAAAAAUAAUAACAAACGAACUACUAUGGAUAAUAAACAUUAUUUUGGUCUUUAUUUAAUACGAAUUAAACAUAGUCUGGUUCUAUUUUCGUUAUUAUUAACUGCUUUUCAAAGUCUUGUCUACUUGCUAUUGGCAAUUUUUUCUAACAAGUAUAAUUUGGCUCAAUUCAUUCUUGAAACAAUUCUUUUUUCUUGCGUUUUACUUCUAUCAAUAACAUUAAUUGUAUUACUUCAACGUGAAAAAUUCCUUCAUGCUCAUGUAUAUAUAUCAUGUUUAUCAAUAUGGCUUUUAUUAACAUUAUUUUCUAUAAUACCUAUACUUUUACAACAAUAUGCAUCAAUUAUUCGUCUAAUGGGUAUUGUUACAUUUUCAAUAAUAACCAUACAUACAACAUUACCUAUUUCACGAUCAUGGACAAUUUUGAUGGCUUCAAUAACAUCAUUAAUUCAUUUAAUACUUGUUAUUCGUACACAUCGUAUUGAUGAUUUAAAUAAUAAAUUUCAUCGAAUGGAAUUUAAACUUGAAGUUAUAUGUUUAUCAUUAUUUUUUGUUGCAUGCAAUUUAUUUGGGCUAUGCCAUCGGUAUUUAACAGAUGCACAUCAAAAGAAAACAUAUCAAAAUACGAUGCGUUGUAUAGAAGCACGUUUAAGACUUGAACGUGAAAAAGAACAACAAGAAACAUUAAUUCUUAGCGUUAUUCCAGCACAUAUUGCAUUAAGUAUGAAAUCAGAAAUGUUACGUAAAGUAAAAGAAACAGCUAAAUAUCAUAAUCUUCAAUCAAGAGAAUAUGAUGAUCAAAGAUCAUCUACAAAAAAAAUUAGUGUACGAAAAGCAACAUUUCAUGAUUUAUAUAUAAAAAAACAUGAAAAUGUUACAAUUUUAUAUGCCGAUAUUGUAAAUUUUACACCAUUAUCAGAGAAAUUUACUCCACCAGAAUUAGUACAAAUUCUUAAUAAACUUUUUGGAAAAUUUGAUCAAUUAGCACAAGAAUGUGAUUGUAUGCGAAUAAAAAUUCUUGGCGAUUGUUAUUAUUGUGUUAGUGGUUUACCAAUAAGUCGACCUAAUCAUGCAUCAAAUUGUGUUCGAAUGGGUUUAAAAAUGAUUGACGAUAUUAAAUUAGUACGAGAAGCAACUGGUGUCAAUGUCGAUAUGCGUAUUGGAAUACACACAGGACGAGUUUUAUGUGGAGUAUUAGGUCUUAAAAAGUGGCAAUAUGACACAUGGUCGGAUGAUGUUACAUUAGCUAAUCAUAUUGAAGCGGGCGGUGUACCAGGACGUGUUCAUAUAUCUGAAAGUACAUUACUCAGUUUGGGCGGCGAAUACGAAGUUGAAGAAGCUCAUGGAAAUGAACGUGAUGAUUAUAUUGCUAAAUUAGGUAUUAAAACAUAUUUUAUAAUACCACGUGAUGUACCAAAUGCACAAAAUCAAUUAAUGAUGAAUAGUGGUGAUACACGUAAAUCGAGUAAAAAAAUGCAAAAAUUAUUGGAUACAUGGUCAAAUGAAACACCAUUUUCCGUACAAGGUCUUGGUGAUAAUGAGAAAGCUGAUGCAGCAAAAAGUUUUGUACUUCUCGAAGAUAAUUUAAAACCAUUAGCAACUUCAUUUUCUUGCUUCCAUCGUCGACGAAGUACAAAUGGUCUUGAACCAUUUACACUUGAAUUUAAUAAACAAGCAAGUAAAGCACAAAGAGUUUUAGAUGAUGAUGAAGAAAAUCGAACAGCUAGUGAAUCAUUAUUUCGUUCAUUACCAGAAUUAUGUUAUCGAUAUUAUGUUAUUAAUGCAGCUUGUGUUUUUCUUGCUAUUUUAGUUAUUCAAAUAUUGAUUUUAGAAAAAAAUGCUCUUUUUCUUGUGUUAGUGACUAUUGGCAUAUGUGCAUUUGCCAUAGCAGCACUUCUUUCUGUUGUUGAUCUUUCAAAACUACAACAUGACAAUCAUCAUUCCUUAUUAGAGCAAUCAACAUAUUUAGUAACACAUUAUUAUUUUAUUCGUGCACCUGUUAGCCUCAUAUUAAUUGCUAUUUGUAUUCUAACACCAUUUGCUAUAUCAUGGCGAACGUCAAAUAAGUUUAUUGAACAAUAUAUGAAUACCACCGUUGUAACAAAUCUUUCAUUAACAAAACUUGUUAAUCAAACUAAUCUUCUUCCAUCUCCAGCAAAUUCUGAUACAUAUGAAUUAUGUCAUCAUUUCGAAUAUCAUAUAUUACUUAUUCAACUUGCUUUAUUAACUGUUUCAUCAUUUAUGCAUCUAUAUUUUCUACUUAAAGCAUCGAUUAUGAUUAUAACAGCAACUAUUUAUGUAUUCUAUUCACAUUAUUUUAAUGUUUAUAAUAUUAUUGCUAGUAGUUAUGGUUUAACAAGUAAUUUAUUACUAAUACAAACAACAUUUGAAGUAUUCUUUUUUAUUCUUUUAUUAAUUGGUCUUGAUCGACGGAUUGAAUAUAUGAGUCGACUAGAUUUAUUAUGGACAAUUAAAUUUCAAAAUGAAAAACAUGAAGUAGAAACAGUGAGCACUAUUAGUCGACUUUUAUUAGAAAAUAUUUUACCUAAACAUGUGGCUGAAAUAAUUAUUAAAGAAAAUAUGAGUCAGGGUCUAUAUCAUGAAAGUUAUGAUAAUGUCGUUGUUAUGUUUGCAUCAAUACCUAAUUUUAAAGAAUUUUAUGUUCAAUCAGAUGCCAAUAAUGAUGGAUUAGAAUGUUUAAGAUUACUCAAUGAAAUCAUUGCAGAAUUUGAUAAAUUAUUAGAUAAGAAUAAAUUUAGUUGUGUAGAGAAAAUAAAAACUAUUGGUAAUACGUAUAUGGCAGCCGCUGGUCUCAAUCCAGGUGCAGAACAUAGAAUGACAAGAGAACGAUAUAAUCAAAAUAUUGUUGCACUUGCUGAAUUUGCUUUUGCUAUGAUUGCAGUACUCGAAGGUAUUAAUCGUGAUUGUUUCAAUGAUUUCAAAUUACGUGUUGGCAUGUGUAAUGGUCCUCUUGUCGCUGGUAUUGUCGGUGCCAAGAAACCUCAAUAUGAUAUUUGGGGAAAUACAGUUAAUGUUGCAUCACGUAUGGAUAGCACUGGCGUUGUUAGCUGCAUUCAUGUACCGGAAGAAACUCAAAAAGUUUUAUUUGAAAAUGGUUAUCCAUGUGAAUGUCGUGGACCAAUAUUUGUUAAAGGUAAAGGUAAUAUGACAACAUAUUUGGUUCGACCACGUGGUUAUAUGAUGCCAACAUCAGCUUCACAUGUUUCCUCAACACCCAAUGCAUCGAAUAAGUGA